UCUGUGUCUUCUCGUCUCACGCCUGACAGCCCAAUGCCGGCGCAACGGUGCUACAGCUCACGUGGCACGACGGGCCCGAACCCAUGAUGGCCCACGUUGGCUGGGUCGGCGAGCUCGCCCAGAGCGAGGCGUUGGAAGUGCCCAUGGAGUUUGGUCGAUGCUUGGGCCUGGCCGACGCAAUGGAGCGAUUGCCAGGUCUUCGUGUCAGCGUUGCCGUCGCUGCGUUCACGCCGACGGUACCCAUGGUGCACAUGGAGCCGUGCACGGCGGACGACUGGGAAAUCAUCCAGUUGCACGCGGGCCAUCUCGAGAGCGAAGUGCUUCGCCAGAUCUGCGUCGUCCAGAACGGCCAAGAGAUUCCUGUGCGCAUCCAGCAGCACAUGGUCGUGCACUUGCUCGUCACGCUGCCGCCCGACGUACCGUGUGCGAGGCUAGCGUCGAAUUGCGAAAUUGCAAUUGCCCCAAAGACGCGGUCGGCGCCCGACGACCCCAACGCACCAGCUCACUAUGACGCUUCUCCGCCGCUUGCGCUUCAGCCAUUGGCGACGACGCUGCCGGAUGGCACCGCCGUCGUGCUGCAGCUAGCGCCCGACGAAGUGCUAUUGCACCCUGCCACGUACGCGCAGCUCGAUGGCCCGCCGUCGGGUCUUCGCUGCGUUUCGCUCUGGCAAGACAUUGGGGCAGAAAAACCGUACUACGCUUCAUCGUGUCUUGCAUCUGCUAACGCUGCGUGGCACAGGACGGUGGUGGUGGCGCGGCUACGCGUAAGCACGUCGGUCGUGCCGCAGUACGUGGCCGUGUCGGAGUCGCUGGCCGCCAAACUGGACCUCGCGCCCGUCACUCGACUUUGCCUGCGUGUGCUCAAGUGCCCGCCUUUGACGCCGCUCAAGGUGGUUCUCACCGUGCCAUACGAAGCGAACGAGUGGCUCGAUGCACUCGUGACGUGGUGGUCGGCGACCACCGACCUCGUUCUCGAGCCUGCGGGCACAUUGCUGCAGCUCCUCGAUACGCGGGUGUCGCUCACACUGCGCCUCCGCAACGAGCCACUGGAAAGCAGUGCACCGCUGGGUGCGGCGAUGGACUAUACGCUGAUCGCUGCCAUCAAUGCGCCGCGCAAGGACGACGUGUUGAUCCAGGUCGCGUCAGUCCCGGUGCCCGUUGCGGCGACACCCGCAAAGGCCUUGCCGCUCGUGUGGCCUGCGCUCGAGACGGUCUUGCGUGAGGUGGAGACGCAAUCCAACCCGAUCGUGUGUCGUCCCCAUGCAGCGGCCCGCGUGCUGCUCGGCGCACCGACGCCACCAGGCUCUGUUCUCUUGUACGGGGCGCGGGGCGCCGGCAAGUCGGCACUGCUCAAGCUACUUACGCACCGUGCAGCAACGUCCCAAAAUGUUCUGAGCGCAACGCUAACGAUGUCCAAGCUCCAGGAAGCCGUUUGCCCGGGCCUCCACUUUGCGCCCUGUGUGCUUUGUCUCGACGACCUCGACGCCCUCGUGCCGCCCGAGGCCGACGAUGGCUCGAAUGCCAACGACCAAUCACGGCGCAUCGCCGAGCACCUCGCCGAACUGCUCAAGCAUGUCCGCGCGGUUCAGAGCGCCUUUGCAACGCAGCUGCGAGCGGCCGCUCCGUCGUCGGCGCAGCUCGUGUCCGCCAGUACGAAGAAGAGCGUUGCUGUCGUAGCGACAGCCCGCGACGCGUCGGCCAUCCACCCGUACUUGCGAACAUGCGGCCUCUUUGACCGACCGAUCGAGCUAAAGCUGCCGGACGUCGGGGCGCGGGAACGCAUCUUGCUGGCGCUUUGGCGCCAAAAACAAUCAAAUGGCAGUGACGAGCCCGUCGACGCACAGACGGCGGCGCACAAAACCGAGGGCUUUAGUCCGCGGGAUCUGCACCACGUCGUGGACCGCGCGUUGCACCAGCACGCGAUUCAGCUGCGCACCGGGCCGCCACGCGCACCCUUCGAAUUUCUCGCGGGCCUCACGGACUUUACGCCCGCGGCGCUCCGUGGCGUGGAUCUUUUCAAGAGCUCGAUUCACUGGGCCGAUGUCGGUGGCCUCCACGACGUACGCACGAUGCUCAAAGAAACGCUCGAGCUCCCUACCAAGUACAUGAAGCUCUACAAGGCCGCGCCGCUCAAGCUCCCGUCCGGCGUCCUUCUGUACGGCCCGCCUGGCUGCGGCAAGACGAUGCUGGCAAACGCUGUCGCGAGCGAGUGCGGCCUCAAUUUCAUCAGCGUCAAGGGCCCCGAAGUGCUCAACAAGUACAUUGGGGCCAGCGAGCAAGCGGUGCGUGACCUCUUCGCGCGGGCCGCCGCAGCCGCACCGAGCGUCCUCUUCCUCGAUGAGUUUGACGCCAUCGCGCCCCGCCGCGGCGCCGACAAUACGGGCGUCACGGACCGCGUUGUGAACCAGCUACUCACGUUCCUCGACGGCGUCGAGUCGCGCUUGGGCGUAUAUGUGCUCGCCGCAACGAGCCGACCCGACAUGAUCGACCCGGCGUUGCUGCGGCCCGGUCGUCUCGACAAGAGCCUGUACUGCGGCUUUCCGACCAUGGCCGAACGACUCGACAUUUUGAAAGCGGUGGCGCGCAAGAUGGACGUGACCGCCGAAGCGGCGGCGUACCUUGCUGUCGUGAGCCAGCACACGGAGCUCUACACGGGCGCCGACCUCCAAGCCAUUUUGUAUGCAGCGCAGCUCGAGGCGGUGCACGAGACGCUGCCGUCGACAGCCACGGCACAUGACUGGGAAAUGGAUCUCAAGGACGAAAGCGACCAAAGUGUGAGCUUCUCGCCCAAGAAGGACGACGUGGCGGCGGCGACGGUCGGCGGCGUCUCGCGCAUUCUACAGCGCCACGUGGAGAAGGCGUUCAAGGCGUCGCGGCCGUCCGUCUCGAUGGACGCCAAGCGGCACUACGACCACAUGUAUGGGUCGUUCAACAACAGCAAGGCGCCCCGGGUCACCGACUUUUCAACGGCCAGCAGCGACGUGACGGUCGAGGCGCAGCGCUCGGCGCUCUACUAGCUCGCCUGUUGCAGAACAUGACAAAAGUGUGUCGACGGCCUGUCGUAUGUUGCCCAAUUGGUCAAGAACAAGCGGAAACUUGUCCACGUAGAAACGAUCAACAAUCAAUAUGGCGGUCAUUCAAUACCUAGUAUGGAAA